UGUGCAGAAUUUUGAAAACAGUAUUGAACACAUGGAGCAUGGUUAAAACAAGUUUUGAGCUGAAAAUUUGUAAAGUCGGAAGCAGGAGAUUCUGCUUGUGUGGUGUUUCAAAUUCGGAGGAACUGAUAACUGACGGUUUUUUGAUUUAAUGGAGCUUGAAAGUUUUAAACAUUUUUUUUUUUCUGCAAGUCAAGUUCUGAGGAAACGAGUGAAGUAACAUCAGUAACUAACAAAUUUUGACAAGAUAAAAUUCUAAUUUUCUUGAAAAUUAUGGCUAAAAGUGCAUUUGAGUAUGUUAAGACAUUUGAAUGUUCUGAUCAAAUCCUUCCUAAUACGUGGAUCGUAGUAAGAAUUGAUGGAAAAAAUUUUCACAAAUUUUCAGAUUCUCAUAAAUUUAAGAAACCAAAUGACAAAAGGUGUCUUGAUCUUAUGAAUAAAUCUGCCGUAACGGUUAUGAAUGACAUCAAAGAUAUCAUCAUGUCAUAUGGACAAAGUGAUGAGUAUAGUUUUAUAUUUGAAAGAAGUACUAAACUGUAUAAACGAAGAUUAAGUAAAUUACUUACCAAUGUUUGCAGUUUAUUUACUUCUUCUUUUGUAUUCUUCUGGAAAGAUUUCUUUCCAGAUGAUACUUUACUUUAUCCUCCUUCUUUUGAUGGUCGUGUAGUUUGUUACCCCACAAAUAAAAAUUUGCGGGACUAUCUUAGUUGGAGGCAAGCGGAUUGUCAUAUCAACAAUUUAUAUAAUACUACUUUUUGGGCAUUAGUUCAAGAAGGUGGUUUAUGCAGAGCAGAAGCUGAAAAGAAAAUACGUCAUACUGUUUCCGCAGAAAAAAAUGAAAUCUUAUUUUCACAAUUCGGAAUCAAUUAUAAUGAAGAAAAUGCUCAAUUCAAAAAAGGAACAUUUAUUAUAAGAGAAAAGUUACAUAAAAAAGAUAUUGAAAUGGAGAAUGGCAUUUCUACGGGAUCUGGAUUAAUUCUUGCAUUUCUUGAUAUUAUUGGCAAUAAAUUCUGGCAAAAAAAUGGUAUUUUAAAUUGAAUUCAUAAAA